UGAAGUGAAAAUUGUUUUAAGUGAAAGUGUUUGAAGUGAAAAUUGUGUGAAGUGUUGGGGCAAGCCUUUGAUCUGGAAUUGACGACUGCGAUGGUUGCAUUACCCUCAAUGUUUCGGAUGAGAAGCUUGAAGGUAAUGAAAAACGGACCAAAAGCUUUUAUUUUAGGAAGAAGAAAUGAACUUUUUUUAGGAAAAAAAAUUAUCUUUGAUCGAAAAGGGCGAAGGUUGCUUGCGUGACUGGUCGACUACAUGUUGCUUUAGAAAGAAACAAUGUCACCAGGAAGCAAAACAAACGAAAAACAUAAAGAUGUAACCACAGCGAAUCAAAAUUUAGAUGGUAAUAUUUCAUGCGAAUUACAAGUACCAACCGUAUCCGAUGUCGUCUUCAAAUACACGUGGAAAAUACGUAAAUUUAAACGAUCCCGUUCAAAAAAAGAUAUGUUAGAUAGUCCUAUAUUUGAAUGUGCUGUAAAUGGUAUCACCACAAAAUGGGUGAUUGGUAUACGCAGCUGGCAAGGACCAAACGGUAAACGGAUAGCGAAUCCUGUAUGUGUGUGUGUUAGCUUAGUAUCAUGUUCGUUGAGUAAUGGAAUCGGUGGCAGUGGACAAAGUACAACCAAAGGAAGUGUGGAGAGUAUACCUGGAAGUACGGUGGGCGAACAAGCACGAGUACGAUUUCAAUUGGGUGUUUUGGAUGCGGGUAUUCGUCAUUGGGAAUUUUAUCCAGUCAAUCGUGUAGCAUUACAACUUGCGAAUAGUGCGAAUAUGCUUAGUGUCGGAUAUCGUGAUAUGCGAUUAGAAGAUCGUCAUAUUGAUAAAGAUGGUGAUUUAUCCAUAAUGCUCAAAUUACAAUUAGUACCGACGGAAGUUGAACGUCACACGCUAUCACAAGACUUAGGACGUUUAUUAGAACACAAUGAAGUGACCGAUACGAUAAUAAAAUGUUCAAAUGGUACUAAAAAAACCGAUGACUCAUUUAAAGUUCAUAGCAGCAUUUUAAAAGCUCGUUCCUCAAUGUUAGCCGCCAUGUUAAAAGAAUACAACCCAUCAGACACCUGCAGCAACAAUAAUUCAACAACAUCAUCGUCGUCAACGGAUUCAUCCGCAACGGAUACACUUAAAUAUCAACUAGAUUUAUCGGAAUUAUCUGAAGAUAUUGUUCAUGAAUUAAUACGAUAUAUUUAUACGGAUAAAGUGGAAAAUUUAGACACGCAUGCACCUAAAUUAUUAUCGUUAGCACAUCGAUUUUAUUUGGAUGGUUUAACGGAGCUGUGUGAACGAUCGUUAGUGGAAACAUUGACACCAAGUAAUGUUGGUAAUGUGUUGUUAUUAGCCGAUCAAUGUAAUUGUGAACCGUUAAAACGAGCUGCGUUGGCAUACUGUGAGGAAAAUGUAUCUCAUACGGGCGAUGAUCAAAUAGGGAAAUCAUUAGCAUGGCGUGUAAUGGAACUUGUAAAUCCAAAUUUAUUUUAUGAAGCUUGUGAAGCUGGUAUGGGAAGUUCUCAUUCGAGUAAUUUAGAUAGUCAAGGAUCCCGUAGCGAUGACCAAAUGUAAUUUUUAAGUAAUUAAUUUAUAGGCCGAAAAAAAGAUCUUUUAUCAAAUCAUUUAAAGAUCCAUAGGCCUCUUAUUUUAUACCAGUGUUGUGUGUAAUGCUGGCCGUUACACACAUAUAAAUAAUCCUCAUUUAUUAAGUAAUUUAAUUAAGCCUUAUUCGUUCUAGAAAUAAGGAAAAAAACUUUUUUUUAAUUUAUUUAAAAUCGAAAUUUUUGAGAAAAGAUUCAGCACAAAAUUAAUUUAAGAAAAGACUAAUAAUCUUGUCAAGCGUUGGUUUUGUGUGGGGUCCUUUCUUAUCUUGUAAAGUAAAGAAAAAUACAAAAUAAAAACUAAUGAACUGAUUUUGUAAAUUU